AUCUCCCUCCAGUAUUACUCUGGGGGCAGCUGGCACCACACCUGCGGAGGGUCCCUCAUCCGGCAGAACUGGGUGCUGACAGCAGCCCACUGCGUAGAUAGAAACAUGAAUUUCCGCGUCGUCGCCGGUGACCACAACAUCUACAAGAGCGAGGGCACCGAGCAGAUCUUCAGCGUCAGCAGCAUCCACGUCCACCCCAACUGGAACUCCCAGAAUGUGGCCGCAGGCUACGACAUCGCGCUGCUCCGCCUGUCGGGUUCAGCCACGCUCAACAGCUACGUGCAGCUGGCGGUGCUGCCCACCCAGGGCACGGUGCUGCCCAACAACUACGCCUGCUACAUCACCGGCUGGGGGCUGACCAGCACCAACGGGCAGCUGUCGAGUGUGCUGCAGCAAGCAUACCUGCCCGUCGUGAGCUACAGCAUCUGCUCCAGCUACUCCUACUGGGGCUCCAGUGUCAAGAACACCAUGAUCUGCGCCGGCGGGGACGGCGUGCGCUCCGGCUGCCAGGGCGAUUCUGGCGGCCCCCUGCACUGCGCGGUCAACGGGGUGUACCAAGUGCAUGGCGUCACCAGCUUCGUCUCCAGCUUGGGCUGCAACACGCGCAACAAGCCCACUGUCUUCACCCGCGUCUCUGCCUACAUCUCCUGGAUAUCCAGCGUGAUCUCCUAGAACUGAGCAGCAGCAGGAGGAGAACCCCAGCCCUGAACAUGGACACUGAGAAUUUCAUCUGGGGGCAUUUAUGUCUCAAAGCUGGCAUCAAUAAAUUGUGUUCUUCACUGAGA